GCUUCCGCCAGUUGUCCGGGGAAACGGGCUGUGAUCGCUCCGCCCGUCUAGUCCCGUCCUCGCCGCUGGUCCGAAGCGGAUGCUCCGCGCUGCGGCCGACUGAGGUGGAACGGGAGCGGAGGAGCGGCUGGAGGUCAAUGAAGUAGAGCUGGACUUCCUUGUUUUUAACUGCAGAAAGUGCAGUAGUAUUCCUCAACCUGCUUAUGAGAGCAGGUCCACAUGCGCAGUCCAACCAUGAUGGAAGAGGAUAUUGAAGUGGCCAUCAAAGUAGUGGUUGUUGGCAACGGGGCCGUGGGUAAAUCGAGCAUGAUACAGCGAUACUGCAAAGGUAUUUUCACCAAGGAUUACAAGAAAACCAUUGGGGUGGACUUUCUGGAAAGACAGAUUCAAGUUAAUGAUGAGGAUGUCAGAUUAAUGUUAUGGGAUACAGCAGGUCAAGAGGAAUUUGAUGCCAUCACAAAAGCUUACUAUAGAGGUGCUCAGGCAUGUGUGCUGGUAUUUUCCACCACUGACAGAGAGUCUUUUGAGGCUAUCUCAAGUUGGAAGGAAAAAGUUGAGGCUGAAGUCGGCGAUAUCCCUACCGUUUUGGUACAGAACAAGAUAGACCUCCUGGAUGAAACUGUUCUUAAAAAUGAAGAAGCGGAGGCUCUUGCUAAAAGGUUGAAGCUAAGAUUUUAUCGGGCUUCUGUAAAGGAGGAUUUGAAUGUGAAUGAAGUUUUCAAGUACCUGGCUGAGAAGUACCUUCAGCGACUCAAACAGCAAACCACUGAAGAAGAACAAGUGCACUCAACAAGCAAUCGCAUCGGGGUAUUUAACACAGCUGGUGGCAGUCACUCUGGGCAGAACCCAAGCACAAUUAACGGUGGUGAGGUUAUCAGCCUUCGACCGAACAAGCAGAGGACCAAGAAGAACAGAAGCCUCAUGGGCCGCUGUGGGAGGCUGUAGCCAUCCCCCUGCACUCCAGAAUUAACACUCACUGUCUGUUGAAGUGUUCUGACCAGUAAGAGGGGUUUUUAAUUUAGAUAUUCUGAUACAUCAGUGGUUGGUAAUAAUUACAGAAAACGCAGUACUUGGCUAACUGACAGCUCUGCCUAUGCAGAAGCUUUCUGCAAACAAAUGACUUCAUGGCUUGGAAAUUGUUUGGAGAGUUUGGUUUGAGCCAGCAUUAUCAGUCUGUGAACAGAAUGGACGGUAACUGAUCUGUCUGAUUGCUGAAGCUUUGUAUGGGUUGUUCCAAGUUGAUAGAUUUGUUUGCGAGUUGGUCACCUGCUAUACUCUGAAAAUCAGUGCGCUCAAUUGUGUGACUUCAGCCAGACCUACAGUGCUGUCCAAUGGGAGAGCAGCGAUGAACAUAAUGUGAUGGGUUGGCAAAAGUGUCAUUCAAAAGAGCCUAGUCCAGAUUCUGGAUUGAGAAUUUCCAGUCCAGCUAAUAAUGCUGUCCUUAAGGGAAUUAACUUUUUUCAAAGAAAAAAGUUGCAAUUAAUUAUGGAAAUCUAUUGUCAUUUGAACAGAUAACAUAAACAUUGCCAUUUGUGCUUUACAUUUGUGGUUGUUAAUUUUUGAAACUAAUUUUGAUGAAUUGUGCAAUAUUUCAGUGUUGACUGCAGCCUGGAGAAGGAUAUUUUGCUACUAGUAGAUUUUUUUUUCAUAUUCAGAUGUUUUGAGUUGAUUGUUUGGAUAAUUUGUAUAAAAGAAUUGCCAUUUGUAUUCGAAUGUUCGUAUUCCUGAAUUUGCUGACUGACUGCUUAGACAUUUUUUCUAUUGAAUGUGUAAUCAUGUGUUUUUUGUGUGCAUGCAACAUUCACAUCAUUUCCUGAAAAGGGUCUCCUUACACAGCAAGAGUUUUGCACAAGUGCUAAGUCAGUACUGCAAUUACUGCUUUCUAUUGUCCUUGCAAGAGCAUAACAGAUCCUAAACCAGGUCUCUAAAUGAUCUAUAGCAGGUGGCUAUGCUUGCUUGCUGAAAACGCCUACCACUCUGCAUAGCCAGGUGUCUCAAGUUCAUGACUGAAUGAUAAUUGCUUUCCAUUAUUUGCCAUGCAUGCUUCUUAGUGGGAUUACAGUGCCUUGUAAAAGUAUUCAGCCCCCGACCUUUUGUUCACCCCAAUGAAAAAUACAACCAGGGAUUGUGAUCAAUUUAACUGAGAAUUUUUAUUUGUGAGUCAUAUGCUUUUUUCACAGUAGAGCCCCAAAACAGGGAGAAUUGUAAAACUUGAAAAACUGAAAUGUUAACAGCUCAAAAGUAUUCAUCCCCCUUUCCUCAGUUCUUAGUUGACCCACCUCUUACAGCUAUUAUAGCCAGUGGUCUUUAUGGAUAAGUAUCUACAGUGAAACCCCACUAUAACGCAAUCAUUUGGCUCCAUAGUGGGGUCACGCUAAAUCAGGGUUCAAACUGACCCAAUGUUGAUCUAACAUCCUAAAACACCCCUAUUUUUGCCCUAUUUGGGUUCUAGCUUUUGCUUAUGCAAAUGAGCGUGGACUGCAGGGACAAAAAUUUUGUGAAACCAAUCCUCAAAGAUGACACUUAUCAUCCAAGCAUUGCUGCUGUGCGUGUACUCAAAUGGGAACGACUUUAUGUUGACAUGGUGGAGACAGCGGGGCAAGCGAGAUUUGCCAGUCGUGAGUGGUUUUAACUUAUGUGUUCUAAUCUUUGGCUUUCUUCAGGUGUUUGGCUUUUAGUCCUGCUUCUUCAACUUUGCAAAGUGACGUGCAUAACUUUUCUUCAUGAGAUUUCCAGCUACAAAGUAUUGAUUCCGGUAUCCUGAGGUCUCGUGCAACUUGAGUUUGACUUUUAGUCUUGAUCGUGUCAAGUGCAUGAAGCUUAUCUUUCACAGAAAAAGAUUUUCUUUUUCUAGCAGUUUGUUUCAUUUUGAGCAAAAUAAAGUCCAAUGACUCUCACAAAAUGCUGGUGGAACACAGCAGACCAGGCAGCAUCUGGUCGAGACACUUUGUCAGGACUAACGGAAAAAAGAGAUAGUAAGAGAUUUGAAAGUGGGAGGGGGAGGGAUGAAAUCAAGAGCUGGGAAGUUGAUUGGCAAAAGGGAUACAAGGCUGGAGAAGGGGGAGUAUGGAUUGAUAUGGACAUGGAGUCCAAUGACUUCUCGUAUUAUAGCAUUGCACAACAUGAUGAGAAAGAUUUGUCCAUUCUUCCAUGCAAAAUUUGCUUAAGAUGUGCCAGGUUAGUUGGGGAAUGGCAGUGGACAGGACUCUGACUGGGCCAGUCAAGGACAUCAAUUUCCUUCAUUUGAAGCCGCUCCAUGAUUGCUCUGGCAGUGUGCUUUGGGUCAUUGUCCAGCUGAAAGAUGAACCUCCUCCCCAGUUUAAGCUUACUGGCAGAUUUUUACCUAUGGUCUCUCUGUAUUUAGCAGGAUUCAUCUUACCAUCAAUCCUGACCUGAUUUCCAGUCCCUGCUGCUGAAAAACAUUUGUGUAGCAUUAUGUUACCUCCACCAUACUGUAUAGUAGGGAUUGUGCUAUGUGGCUGAUGCACAAUAUUAUAUUUAUACUACACAUACCGCUUAGUGUUGAGGCCAAAAAGUUCUACUUUAGUCUUAUUUGACCACACGACUUUCUUCCACAUCUUUACAAUGACUUCUGAGUGACACUUUGAAAUAUUUACAGGCAAGGAUAUGCCUUUUGUUUUCGCCAGGGCUUCUUCCUUGCCACUCUCCAUAAAUGCCCUUUUUGUGUAAGACUUUAGAGAUUGUUGGCCAUGAACUUCAUCUCCAAUUGCAGCCACUGGCUUCUCCGGCUCACUCAGAGUAACUGUUUGCAUCACAUUAGCCUCUCUUGCAAGUGCCAUUUUUCUGUGGCAACAAAGCUUAGAGGGGUGGCCUGACCUAAGCAGCGUGGCUGUAGUUUCAUAUUUUUUCCAGUUUUCCACAAUGGACUGCACUGAGCUCUGAGGUAUUGUCAGUACUUUAGAGAUGGUCUGGUACUAUUCCCCAGAUCUGUACUUCUCUAUUGUCAUUUCUCUGGCUUGUCUUGAAUGCUCUUUUCCAUUCAUUUUGGUUUGGUCUGUUGAAAGCCUACCACAUUGUUGGACCUUAAGAUAUAGGAGCAGAAUUAGGCCAUUUGGCCCAUUGAGUCUGCUCUGCCAUUUCAUCACUGUCGUCUGUCUAGGUACCAUAUCCGAUGCAGAUGUUGGUGACCAUGGUUUUCCAUACAGAUCUAUCCCUUGUUCUUUGGAUGACUUCCAUUUCCUCAAUGUGUAGCCACCUGGCUAGGCUUUUGAUGUACAUAAGCCGAGGUCUUCCUCUAGGUUUGCUCCCCUCGAUCUUUCCAGAGAAUGAGUUUUUCUAGUUCAUCUUUCCGCAUGAUGUGUCCUAGGAAUCUGAGUUGUCUUUCUCUUAUUGUUGGUAUGAGUGAUCUAACUGCUUGGGCUCUUCUGAGAACUACUUCAUUUGAUGUGUGUGUGGUCCACGAUAUUUUUAACAUUCUCCUGUAGAACCAUAAUUCAGCUGCUUCGAGUCUCUUUUCCAUUGCUGGGGAAAUGGUCCAGCAUUCACUUCCAUAAAUCAAGAUAGAAUAAAUGUAGCCCUGCAGUAUUCUGUUUUUAGUGUACAUGCUCAUCUUUCUGUCUGUUAAUAUGAUCUUCAUUUUCUGGAAAGCUUCUUUCGCCAUUGCUAUUCUGUAUUUGAUUAUCUGUGUCGCACCUACCAUCACUUGUUAUUUGGCUGCCAAGAUAUCUGAAUUUGUUGACUUGUUUGAUGUUUGUAUUUCCAAUCUUGAUCACACAUUGUGGGAUGUUUGUCUUUUCUGGAGAUGACCAUGGUUACUUUCUUCUUGGUGUUGAUUGAGAGGCCUCUGCCAUUACUUUCUGCUGCCACUAUAGUGUGUAGUUCUUGAAGUUUCGUUUCUGAGUAAGCUAUUAGUACAAUGUCAUCAGCAUAUCUGAUGUUAUUUAUAUUAUGGCCUCCAAUUGUGAAUCCUCUAUCUGAUACUUCUGAAGAUAUUUUCACUAUACAGGUUGAAUAAGUUGAGUGAAAAGACACAACCUUGCCUGACUCCAUCAUGAUAUUCACAACUCAGUCACUUCCCCUUCAAUUCUAAUGGAUGCUGUCUGGUCCCAGUAUAAGUUUCUUAAGAAACAUACAUCUUCCCCAUCUAUGUCAAGAUCUUGAAGCAUUUCCAGGAGAUCUUGGUGUCUGACAGUGUCAAAAGCUUUUGUACAGUCAAUGAAACAUAGGUAGAUGUCUUUUUGUACCUAGAUGGCUCGUUCACAGAUCAUCCGUAGCAUGAAAAUUGCAUUUCUGGUUCCAGUGUUUUCCACAAAGCCGCAUUGUUCUUUACUUUUCUGGUUUUAUACUGGGUAUACAUUGUACUCUUGGGUAUGAGGAUAAACUACAUCUGGCUGUGGAGCAUUUGCUCUGGGUAAUGAGGUUACCAUUAACCACAGCUACCUCCAGGUCACCUUUAGGGAAGGUGGAGCACCUGUUAGCCUCCCUACUUGGGUUACAGUGAAGCCACGAAAUGCAGGUGAUGGAUGAAACAGAAGGCAAGUUGUGAGUAACACAUUCGAUGGUUCCUGCUUCUCAGAUGCUGAGCAGAGGAUCCUUUUAAUAGGACAAUGGUCAGAGUCACCCAUCCUGUAAAGACACUGCAUUGCAGGCAACCUAAGGGGAAGCUACUUCUUGUAUUUCAUCCUUAGUACAACCAUUUCAUCACAGCUGAUCCAAUUUUCCUCUCAGCCCCAAUCUCCUGCCUUCUCCCUGUAUUCCUUCAUGCCCUGACCAAUCAAGAAUCUGUCAGCCUCUGCCUUAAAUAUACAUAUAAACUUGGCCUCCACAGCUGCCUGUAGCAAAGAAUUCCACAGAUACUCUACUCCCUGGCUAAAGAAAUUCCUCCUCAUCUCCGUUCUAAAAGGACACACCUAUAUUCUGAAGCUGUGCCUCUGGUCUUUGACUUUCCCACCACUGAAAACAUCCGCCCUACAUCCACUCUAUCAAGGUCUUUCAUCAUUCGAUAGGUUUCAAUUAUGUCAUCCUUCAUUCUUCUGAAUUCUGGUGACUACAGACCUAGAGCCGUCAAAUGCUCUUCAUAUGACAUUCUUAUGAAUUAUUCGUAUGAUAAACAUUCUUCUUAUAAAUUUAUUGUAAACUGGCGAUCCUCCAAUUUUCUACAUUAACAAAUUGUGUUAGUUGGUAAGGUAAUAUACAGUAUUGCAGAUGAGGAAAGUUAGCAUAGUAAUUACAAAGGGGAUGAAUGCUUUUUAGCCUCACAAUUUUGGUUUUUAAUUUUUAGUAAAUUGGUGAUGGGUUUUAGAAUUUUUCUUUUGACAUGACGGGGCGCAAUGUUUUGUAGAUUAGCACAAAAAAUCCUACUUCAAUAUAUUUUCAGUUUUGAAAAUGAGUCAGUAAAAUGUGAAAAUAGUUGUUGGGUCAGAAUACUUUUUGAAGGUACUGUAUAUGAAAUUAAAAAUUAAGCAUUAAACACUUAACGGCUUAGGCAGAAUUUGUGGUAAGAGAAGUAGUUCAGGGUCUUCAACCUGAAACAUGAAUUUUGUUUCUCUAUCCACAGAUGUUUCUUGACUUUCCAAGUGUUUCCAGUGUUUUUCAUUUUUAUUUCAGAUUUCUAGCAUCUGAUGUUGAUUGCCUUGGAGCUGUCAUACUAAGAUUAAUAGAUGAUGCUGUAAGGUGAUGUUUUAUGAAUCUAAACACAGCCUAACUUGGAAUGUGAAGAAAAGGCAGCCAGGAGAAGGUCAGAUGUAAUGGUAAACUCAUGAUGGCACAUCCAUGUACCACAACCAUACUCAUCCAUCAUCACCCCCAGCAUUCAACUUCCUGAUGGCUAGAAGAAUCCAGGAGGCAAUAAGUUUGGUCGAGGGGCUAAGCAUUCUCGAUUUGGUCAGUGUCAUCUCACGCGAUCAAAACCAGUCUGGGAGAUUAGAGAUCAGAGAUGUGGGCAGCACGAUAACAUAUAUCAGUUAGCUUAACGUAGAACACUACAGUGCAGUAGAGGCCAUUCAGCCCAUGAUGUUGUGCCAAUCUUCUAACCUACUUUAAGAUAAAUCUAACCCUUCCCUCCUAUAUUGCUCUCCAUUUUUCUGUCAACCAUGUGCCUAUCUAAGAGUUUGUUUGCCUAGCACCACUCCUGCAGGGUGUUGCAUACAUUCACUUUACAAUGCCUGUGGAUGGGUUCAGUUUCCACUGCUUUCCGUGAGGAGUUUGUAUGUUCUCCCUGUGACCUUCAGUUUCCUCCAGGUGUUCUGGUUUCUUCCCUCAUUCCAAAGAUGUAAAGGUCAGGGUUAGUAAGUUAUGGUCAUGCCAUGUUGGUGCCAGAAGCAAAGCAACACUUAUGGGUUACCCGCAGUAGGUUCUCUGAUUGAGUUGGUUGUUGACGCAAAUGACACAUUUCACUGUAUGUUUCUAUGUACAUGUGACCACUAAAGCUAAUCUUUAACUUAGUGAUUGCUGUUUAUUUCUCAGCCAUCUUGAAUUUGAGUUUAACUUGGGCAGCACGGUGGCAUUGUUAGUUGAACAAUUGCCUUAGCUUCAGGACUCCCACCACCCACCCAGAUAGAACAUCUACUUUUCUUAAAAGAUGGGUAAUAGAUGUUCUGUUCCCAUUAAAACUAUUAAAAUAAUUUAUUGUCUAAAACAGGGGCAUAAAAAUCAUUAUCAACACUUUUGCUAGAAUGUGAAAUAUCCUCACAUCACUAUCAUCUUCAUGAUUAGCAUCAUAAACAACCAUUAACUUGCCCACUCUGUUUCUCAUUUAAUUGAGCAAAUUCCACCAUUUGUCCUUUAUUGGUGUUGGAAUAGACAGAAUGCAGUGACCUGGGUUCAGUGCCAGCUUUGGGGCUGUCUGUGUAGAGUCUGCACGAUAUCUCUGACUGUGUGGAUUUUCUCUGUUGCUUUUGCUUCUUCCCACCUGUCCUAUCAGAACAAGAAAUAUGGUCUGGUUAACUGGCUGCUACAAAUUGAUCCUAAUGUAUGAGUGAGUGCUUGAAUGUGGACAGCAUAAACUGGGCUUAGGGUUAAUUGGCCACUUUCAUGGUCAGUGCACGUCAUAAUAUAUGCUGCACUAUAUGUCUUAGAAUAGAAAUAUAACAUAUCUCUUCCCUUUUUUAUGCUAUUUGGACUCUGAUGAAUUGCUGCUGGAAAUCUAAUACCCUCACUUCAAUCAGCUUCACUCCUCUUCUCCCUAAACAAUGUCAGAAGAAUAGAGCUUAUUCUAUUUCUUGAUUUAUUCUUCUGCUUCUGACCAGCCAUAUUGAGGAUUAAUAUAAUAGCAUUGACUAAUUACACAGCCAUUUUCAAGAACAGGGGACUGACAACAUCAGACAAGCUCAAAAGCUGUAGAUAGUAAAAAUCUAAAAUAAAACCAGAAAAUGCUGGAAGCAAUUGGCAAGUUAAGUAGCGUCUGUUGGAAGAAAAAAGUAAAUAUUUUUCUCAAAAACUCCGUCAGAACAAAGAACACUCUAUAAAUUAUUGAGUGUUUCCAGGUAUUUGUAUUUGGUCCUAAAACUGGAAUCUGAUACUUGUAUCAGGGCUGUUGGAUCCCACAAAUCAGUGAAAGUGUUAGUCACACUGAUUUCCCAAGAUGAAAUGCAAUCUGCAUCAUAAAUUUAUUCCAGCUCAAAGUUUCAAAUUCUGGAGGAAGAGUUACUGUGUUGUUUAGCCAGCAGCUGUGAGGAACCAAUCUGUUUAUUUUUGCAGGGUUGAGCAACAAUAUUCAUGUGUGGCCAGAACAUGUGAAAUUGUGCUCCUUGGACCUUGGUUCUGGUGAAAGGGAAAGUUAUUGGUAAGAUUUCAGGUACUGGAGAUAAUAAAUUAUGUAAGCAUUCAUUUGAUCAAUGGAUUUUUGUGGCUGUUGUCUGUCGCCUUGUACCUCUUUUGCUUUGAGAACAAACCAGCUAUUGAUAGGUGGUUUUGUUCCCUGGUCUAUUUCAGAUAAUCAUUGUCUGCAGAAGUUAGACUCCCAAUUAUUGAACCUGAGGUGUUGGUUUCUAAUUCUGUUCAUUAAAUACUCCAACAAUUGAGUUCAUAUUUUGAGUAUUAUUGGUGCUUCUUGAUAGAGAAGCUAGAAUUGCGCUGUGGAUCACCCUCUGAGAGGGAAAGGUAUGCCUCGUUUUUGAACUGAUGAGUUGAAGUACAAGCUUCAGUUUUGCCAACCCGCAUGAAUAUGACCUCACAACAUAAAAAAUGGUUUCCAAGUUCACAGAACUUCUCGGCACAGAUACAGUCCAUUUUAUCAAAAAUGUAAACACUAUUAGUCCCUGUAGAAGACUUUAUUUUAUACAAUCCUAUUGUACAUUCAAUAUAUAUGGAAACUUUUGUUGUAUUUAAAUACAAUCAGUGUUAAAUCAACAUAUUAGCUGUUAAGUUUACUUCACUUAAUGGUUUAUUUGAGUUCUGCAUCUCCUAAAUUAAAUUAAGGUUGGAUUUGUUGGUGGGUGCCUGAGAGUCAGGCCAUUUGGGGCCAUUUUUAGCCAGUCUCUCACCAAAUGCUGAUUGCCUAAUUUACUCCCUACAGUAUCCUGUUUUAAUUUCCCAAAUCCUGUUUUUUUUAGUGUUCUUUCACUAACACACCCUUGCCAGUGAACUGAAGUGGUCAGAACUCUUGAGCAUACGACUGGGACAAUGAGCUGUGAGUGUACUUUGGGGAAAAUUGGUUCCAGGAUACCAUUCUGUGGUACCCUUUGUGUUGCUGUUGAGAUAUUUUGCAGAGUUCAUUGCCUUUAUGCAUGCACAUUAAUUGGAAAGGGAAUUGCUAUGCCUUCCAGCCCAUCAUGUACUUGCAGCAUUCUCAUGGGGCAUCGCAGUUAGUGUGUAUACUGUCUCUAGAAUAUCCAAAUAGGCCUAUAGCUUGUCCUUGAAUUUUUCCCAAUUGCACACCCCCUUUCCCAGUGCAUGAGGUAAAAUUGGUUGUCAUACAGCUUGUUUCCACUGAACUGUACCCAGAGUUGGAUCAGAGCACUGCACAAUGAAGGAAGCUUACAAGAAAGUAACACCCACUUGCAUGGGUGUGGUUGAAAUCAGGCAAGCAAAUAACAUUCACUUGGCUGCUACUUGCAGAAACCUGGGCCUGUUCCAGCUUUUUAACUCAACUUGGUAAAUUUCCAGACUUCAGCUUGUUGAAUAAAAUAUAGUUCAUUCCACCCCAGUUAGUGUGCAAGAAUAAUAGUCAAAACCAAACAGAUCAUAGUCUGAAAAUUGGAGGCAUGUGUACCCACCUUCUCACUUCUCUGAACUCCCUCUUGUUUGCAGCAGUCCACUAGGACAGCCUGCCUGACUUUGGCCCUCCUGAAGGAUAAAGUAUGGGAUCUCACAUCACCUCUAGUUCUUUUGCCUAUCUGUGUUCUCUGGUUAUGUAUCUUCCUUCUCUGGAGAUGUUUCUCAUAAUUUACUCUAUCAAAACCCUUUAGGGUUCUGAAUGGUCCCAUCAAACCUCCCGAGGAACUACAAGGUGGUUCAUCACAAGCAGGCCAUUUGACUGCCCAUGUCUUCCUUGGUGUUUUUGUUCCAGCUAACUGUCCUGCUCUGUUGGCAUGUUCUUCCAUUCCUUCUCCAUCACAUGCUGACCAGCUUCUCCUUGCAUCUAUCCAGCUAUAACACAAAGUACUAUAUUUCACUGAGGAAAGAAGUUUCUCUUGAACUUGUUGGAUUAAUGAUAUUAAUGAUUGCCAGAUAUGGACUUCACCCAAACUCCCAGCAUCACUGUGGAAGUGUCUCCCAAAUAUUUCCUAUAAAACCUGUUCCUGAUCUUUAGAUCUUUUAAUAGAUGAAAGCCAAAGAUGUUCUCUGAGGUGAGAAAGGAAGCCACAUUAGCUCUUUUCCAAUUCAUCAGUUCAUUCUCUUUGUAAUCUUUUUAAGGGUGUCAAAGUUUAUGUGGAAACAGCAGGAAAAUGGAGUUGAGAGGGAUAACCAAUCAGCCAUGAUGGCAUAAUUUUACUACUAUGUCUUAAAGUCUUCCCCCUGUUGAGGAAAUUGCUGGUAAAAGUAGGGUACACUAACGGAUGUAAAGCCUAAUAUCCUAAUAACCCUUCUCAAACUUGCCCCAGUCAAGCCACUCGAGAGUUAGUUCCAUAUGAAGUCAGCAAACUUCAGUUUGCUGUAAAUUCUGGAGAUUUAAUAGUGUGUGAGGUCAGAUGCAGUACUUGCUGAGCCACCCAGAUUCUCAUUGAAAACGAAAUAUAACAGUGGUGAAGGAGGGCACACCUCUGGGCUGGACUGGAUUAGAUAAUGAAAGCCCAAGGGUUUAACUGUCUUAGUGAUUGCAAGUGCCCAUUUACAAAUAUAGGGAAAUGCAUUCCAUAUUAUUUUCUGGGGUUUUUUCCAUUCAUUGUCACAUAAUGUUCAUCAGAAUUUCCAUCAACCUUCAAGUCUUUGAAAGAAGAAAGAAAGUCUUUGAAAACCUUCAACUAUUUUCUCAGAUCUGAGAUGAGUUUAAUGUUGGUUUUAUAGUCUGUGCUUUGAAAGAAAGAUUUAGUUAAGCACAAGUGGGUUUUCAAAUCAUAAAUGAAACAUAAUGGCUGCUGUGUAUUUUUAGCCGACAAAAAGCAAAUCAUAAAAGCACUGUGUAUCCCAUUGGCAUAAUUUUCCAAAGGCAUGAGAUUUUGGUUUAGAUGUGCCCCCAUUCUUGCUCUGAUCAGGUACAGUAAUGCACAGCAUUGUAACUUACUAUCACAGAGUAUUUUAUUGAUUUCAGAAUGGCUUGUUAAACUUGCAAAGAAACCAAUUCAUUAUUAUGAAGAGGCUGUGCUAAUGUGAUUUUUCAGGCACACUUGCAUUUGCUAUUGAGAUCUCCUCGCACACUAAUGAGUUGUUGCUGAAUUUGUUUUAAACUGUGUAAUAAAUCAGUUUUGUGGUCAACUAUAACCGGUAAAAAGAUUUUGUUAAUUGUUUAUUUUGUUUCUCCCAACUCCUAUGCAUGUAUCUGUUACAAGGUGCCACACUAAAAACUAAUCACACUACAAACUAGAACAGUUUUAUAAUUGUCAUUUCUAUGUAACAAUUUUAAUAAAAAAGCCCAUCAAUUUA